CAUCCAGUUAUCGAUCCCAGUUUACCAUGGCAAGUAGCGUUGAAUUGCCACCUUUUGUGCAUGAUUCCAUUGCAACGAUUGCGUUGCAAGAGGGUUUCACUUCGGAUCGAUUCAGCGUAAUUAUCGAAUCCGGUUGCAAUAAAGGCGAUGGGUUCAGCAGUGACUUGUUCCGUGUUAUUGUGGAACAAGAUGGCCGAAAACUAGUUCUACUCUGCAAGCUGCCACCGCUGAACCAGGCCCGACGACAGCAGUUCAACAGUAUGAAGAUUUUCGAGCGAGAGAGUCUGCUAUAUUCGAAGCUGCUGCCAAAUUUGAUUGAGUUCCAGAGCCAGAAGGGGGUUCAGCCACAUGAGGGGUUCUUCAAUGUGCCGAAAUGUUACCUGGCGAGUUGUGAUGUUGAGAAGGAACAAUCUAUUAUUGCGCUGGAGGACUUGCGGGAGCGUGGCUUGAAGAUGUGGAACAAAAUGAUACCCGUGAACUAUGAACAUGCACGUAUGUUGAUGGUUCACUUGGGUCGCUACCAUGCCGUUUCGUUCGCUAUCAAAGAUCAACAACCGGAGCUGUUCGAGCAGUUCAAAAUACCAGAUCUGAUGACAACAGCGAUGGCAGAAAAUGAAGCGAUCCGUGCGCUUGUCAAUGCCACUAUGGAUCGAGCGAUUGGUGUCCUGGACGCGGACGAGGAUGUCGCUCGGUGGAAAAUGGUAGCUUUGAAGGAGAACUACUUUGAGGCUAUGAGGAAAUGCUGCGACGGCGCGGGGACAGAGCCAUACGCAGUGUUGGUACAUGGCGAUUGUUGGAUCAAUAACAUGAUGUUCAGUUAUAAGAACAAAAUCCCCGAAAGCAUGAUUCUACUGGACUGGCAAGGAGCCCGGUACGCUUCUCCGGUGCUGGAUUUAUCCUAUUUCUUCUCUUGCUGUACCGACGAAGCAUUUCGUCGUCAAUAUUACGAUGAGAUGCUGAACAUCUACUACGGUUCACUCCGUGAUCUACUGGAACGGCUUGGAGGUGAUCCCGCGAGGCAGUUUCCCUUCACCGCACUCUUGAGACAACUAACGCGCAAUGCCCGGUAUGGUGUGAUGCUUGCGGCUUUCGUACUGCCUGUGAUUUGUACGGCCAACGAAGACAUUCCCGAUUUGAACGAUGCUGCCGAACGGUAUCACAAGUCACAACAGCUCGAGGCGAACAUGUUCGCCAAUUCUGGAUCGUCGGAAGAGGCGUUUCGCCGGCGAAUGAGAGGAUUGAUUCGCGAUAUGGUCCGAUUCGGUUAUAUUUAGAAUUGAUCGACGGUCCGAAAGAAGGGAAAAAGGUCCCACAAUAGUUAAACAGCAAUGCUUUUCAGUUUCAUGAGGUAACAUAAGAAAAUCCCCCAACAUAGUAAUAAAUAAAACAAUUUACAAGAUUCCGCUUUGGGAAAUGAGAAAACAUUGACGAAUAUUAUGGCUAUAUCUGUGCCUAGAAUUCGUAAACAAAUAAAAAAGGCUUAUAAACAGAUUUGCGUGAUUCAAA